GUUGAGUUUCCGUGUUUACCGUCUUGCUCAAGAGCGUUCAUGUUACGGAAAUAAUCACCAGUUUUGCUGUCGUGAAGCUUUACACCACGAACGUCAAUGAUAUCAGCGAGAUAAACCACCAAACGGACAAUCAAAACAAUACAUUUGAAGCGAUCGUUUACCGUCCGCUCGUCUGUAGAGGAUUAAAGAGCGAUGAUGGCGUCCAGCUAUAACGCCAAGGAUGAGGACGGUCAUCAUCCCGGUUCGGUAGGCUCCGGCGGUCCGGGCGCCGUCAAGAACAGGAAACCCGAUAACACGGCGUUCAAACAACAGCGGUUACCCGCCUGGCAGCCCAUUCUGACCGCGGGCACCGUCCUGCCCGCUUUCUUCACGAUCGGACUCGUUUUCAUCCCCAUCGGAAUCGGACUUUUCGUCACAUCCAACAACAUCAAAGAGUUCGAGAUUGACUACACUGGUGUCGACAAAUCCAGUCCGUGUUUCCACUGCUCUCAAAACUACAGCUGGAACAGCACCAGUGCCUGUACCUGCUCUGUCCCCUUCACCCUAGACCAGUCCUUUGAGAGCAAUGUUUUCAUGUACUACGGGCUGUCCAACUUCUAUCAAAACCAUAGACGUUAUGUCAAAUCAAGAGAUGACAGCCAGUUGAAUGGGGACAAAAGCUCUUUACUGAACCCUAGUAAAGAGUGUGAGCCGUAUCGGAAGAGUGUUGAGAAGACCAUUGCCCCCUGCGGUGCCAUUGCAAACAGUCUUUUCAAUGAUACUUUGGAACUGUUUUAUAUCCAUCCCAACGGAAAUAGAACGGCUAUUCAUCUGGUAAAGACAGGCAUUGCUUGGUGGACUGACAAGCAUGUGAAGUUUAGAAACCCUGGAGGAAACAACAUGAACCUCUCUGCAGCGUUUCAAGAAACCAGCAAACCAGUGAACUGGCGAAAGCCGGUUUAUGAGCUGGACCCCACUGAUCCUGACAACAAUGGUUUCAUCAACGAGGAUUUCAUUGUGUGGAUGAGAACAGCUGCUCUCCCAACCUUCAGAAAGCUUUUCCGGAUCAUUCAAAAGAAGAAAGACAGCAAGACCCCGACAUUACAACCUGGAAACUAUACCCUGGAGGUGACCUACAAUUACCCAGUGCGCAGUUUCGAUGGCCGCAAGCGUAUGAUCCUCAGCACGAUUUCCUGGAUGGGAGGAAAGAACCCUUUCCUGGGCAUUGCCUACAUGACCGUGGGCUCCGUGUGUUUCUUCCUGGGAGUGGUUUUACUCAUUAUCCACCAUAAGUAUGGUAACCGCAACAACAAUGCUGACAUUCCCAACUAACACGUGUCAGCUGAGCUCUUUACAGCUACAUACUGACGUGAGAUAUGCAAGCAUGAGUCACACGAGUCACACAGCUUAACUCAUCUCUCAUAUCUCACACAGAGCAGAUGCUCCUAGGUAAACAUAUUGGCGGCUGGAUGGACUAUUUGCAAAUGUGUUGUUAAUGCACUGGUAUUUGAAUUAAUCUGUUUUAAGCAUUUCAUUAUUUUGCACCAAAGAUCUAUCACUAAAAACCUAAGCAGUGUCUUCUUUCUGAAAAAUUGUGUGAUGAGGACAGUGUAAUGAUGGGGCCAAAAUAACCUAUUCAAACAAGUAGAUUAGUUUUGGAUGAAUCUUACAAAAACGUUACCAGUUAUUAUUUCAUUCCAAGAAAGAAAAGUAUUGAAAUGAUGUGUUGCAUAGAGAGGAUGAGGUUCAUUUCACAGUUUUCCUCAAGCUUCUCAUUUUUGUUUUAGUUAUAAGUUUAGUUUUAGUAGAUGUCGAUUAUUUUCGGAUUUUCAUUACUAUCAAUAUUUUAUUUGCACUGUAAAAUCUGAAUGCUAUAUAAGUAUUUCGCAUUACAGUAAAAAUAAGUUUAAAAGUGCUUAGUUGGCAUAAAAAUGAUGCCACAAUCCCAAAGCAUUUUAUUGGUCAUUACGACAGGCUUCCGCAUUUAUACCUAAAAUAUAACUUGAACAUAUGACAGGCUGUGUGAGAUUUAUUCGCUCAGAUAUUUAAGUGAUUUUACUGAUGAAACAAUAUUUCUGAUGUACAGUUUGACACAUGCAUAUCAGCAAAGAUUGUGUGCAUAUAUUCACUGAAAUGCUGAACUGUGAUCUUUGAGGAUUUGAUUGAAGCAAAGCUGUUCAUUUUUUGAGUUUGUUGUACAAUAUUGUUAUAUGUAUUGUUAGAAGUAUGUGUUUGGUAGCUGGUAGCUUUAUUGAUCUUUGUUGUGUAAAUGUCCUGUGUUGGCCUGUAAUUAUGUCUGUUAUUUUAAAGUUGUGAAAUAAUAAAAGCAUGAGCACUGAAAUUG